AUGAACUGCCGCAGCCGCGGCUCCAGCCAGGGCGGGGGCGUGGUCAACACGAGGAUCACCUCCACCAGGCCGCGACCCGGGGUGCGAGGGGGCCUGCUGUGUGCAGCGCUCAGCUCCACCAAGGACGCCCACAAGCCCGAAAGGAGAGCCGCCCACACCCCACCGUUGGGCAAGAACUUGUAUCUGUACCACCUGCGUGUGUGUGUCUGCAGCCUGCUGCGGCAGCAUGUGCUGACGGGGUCUGCUCCGGCGCGCCGCGGCCUGCACACGUCCUCCCGGCAGGCUGACAGCAGCAGGGCCUGGCUCACGCGUGUGCACCGACAGGCCUAUGCACGUCUCUACCCCGUGCUCCUGGUCAAGCAGGACGGCUCCACCGUCCACAUCCGCUAUCGGGAACCACGACGAGUGCUGGAGAUGCCCGUGGACCUGGACACCCUGUCCCCAGAGGAGAGGCGGACGCGGCUCCGGAAACGCGAGACCCAGCUCCAAAAGAAAAAGGAGGAGAAGCCGGAGCUCAGUGAUGACUUUGACGAGGAGCGGUACAAGCGGUUUUGGACAAAAAAGUGACCUGCCUGGAAGCUGCCCUGGGUGGGGAGGGUGUAUCUUUAAAUGGUGUGUUCACAAA